GGGCCGAGUGGACCUGGGGAGGGGCCGGAACGAGGCGGUCCCUGAGCACGGCGGGGCGGGGCGGGCCUGGCCGGGCGGUCCCCGGCGGGUCCCGGGAAGGCGGAAGGCUUAGGCGGAGCCGCGCCGCAGAGGCUGGGCGGUGGCUUCCCGCUCCGGCGACCCCGUGCCUGCGCCAGGCGCUAUGGAGGCGGCGCUGCUGGGGCUGUGCAACUGGAGCACGCUGGGCGUGUGCGCCGCGCUGAAGCUGCCGCAGAUCUCCGCGGUGCUGGCGGCGCGCAACGCGCGGGGCCUCAGCCUCCCGAGUUUACUUCUGGAGCUGGCGGGGUUCCUGGUGUUUCUCCGAUACCAGUGUUACUAUGGGUAUCCGCCACUGACCUACCUGGAGUACCCCAUCCUCAUCGCACAAGAUGUCAUCCUCCUGUUCUGUAUCUUUCAUUUUAACGGGAACGUGAAGCAGGCCAUGCCCUACGUCGCUGCACUGGCAUCUUCUUGGUUCGUCCUCGCCCUGCAGAAGUGGAUCAUAGACCUGGCCAUGAAUUUCUGUACUUUCAUCAGCGCGGCCAGUAAGUUUACGCAGCUCCAGUGUCUGUGGAAGACGAGAGACUCGGGAGCGGUGAGUGCGCUGACUUGGAGCCUCUCCGCCUACACCUGCGCAACAAGAAUAAUCACAACCUUCAUGACCACCAACGAUUUUACAAUAGAGACGAGGUUUCACCACGCUGGCCAGACUCGUCUCGAACCCCUGAUCUCAGGUGAUCCGCCCAUCUCAGCCUCCCAAAGUGCUGGGAUUGCAGGCAUGAGCCACCGUGCCUGGCCAGUUCUAACACGUUUUGUGAUCAUGCUGGCUUUAAAUAUAUGGGUAACAGUGACAGUACUUCGCUACCGGAAGACCGCCAUGAAGGCUGAAUGAUGGACACAUUAUUCCUUUACACUGUGGAUUCCGAGUAACUGAACCAAAGGAAAAAGAAGCUCUUUGCUAAAUUAAGGUCUUUUACAAAUUUAGUAAAUCAAUUUAGACUCUUUGAAGCCAAAGGCUUUUUUAGACUUGAAAGAGCCAUUUAAAUACUUGUUUAAAAAUACCGAUUUCCCUCCUCCUUCCUCACUUCAUUAGGUUGUGGUAGCGCCGAGCCAUCCGCAAUGUUGAGAAGGCCAGUGACUGUUGGAAGUCAUCCAGGAAGCCCAUUUCAAGGCCAUUUUGACUCUUACUCUUGAAGUCAUGAUUAAGUUCUCUACAAAGAACUUAACUACAUCGAUGUUUUCUCAGAAUCUUUUAGGAAAUAAAUCCUCUCCAUGACAAAAAUGAACAUGAAUGGAGUGGCAUUUUUUCCAAGUCAGAGGUGGACACCCAUAUUAAAUGACGGGUUCACUUUCUGGGACUGAUGUUUAAUUUUAACAUAGAUACAACAGGAUGGCCUCGUUUUAUAUAAUACCGUAUUACACCUGCAUGCGCUCUAGCAAGGACGCCAAGGCAAGCAUAGUGUAACUGGCUUGAGUUUGUGUACCAAAACAGUCCUUCAACUUCGCACUGUGCCUUCAGUAAUUCCUAAGAAAAGGUAUUAGGAUUAGCUGUAAUCUCUACUGAGGAAAUCCCAAUAAGCUUUCUAAUUCAAGUACAAUGCUGCCAUUUUUUUUUUUUUUUUUUUUUGAUAGAGUCUUGCUCUUGUCAUCCAGGUUGGAAUGCAGUGGUGUGAUCUCGGCUCACUGCAGCCCCCGCCUCCUGGGUUCAAGCAAUUCUCCUGCCUCAGUCUCCUGAGUAGCUGGGACUACAGGUACCUGUUACCACGCCCAGCUAUUUUUGUAUUUUUAGUAGAGAUGGGGUUUCAACAUGUUGGUUUGACUGGUCUUGAACUCCUAACCUUGUGAUCCUCCUGCCUUGACCUCCCAAAGUGUUGGGAUUACAGGCGUGAGUCACCGCGCUCAGCCUAAUGCUGCCAUUUUUAAAAGGGCCACAACUAUAUGAUUACCACUGUUGGAAUUUGGUACAAAGUAAGUUUUGUCUAUUGAAAACAUACACAGUAAAGGGUGUUGUUAGGUAGGUUCUGCCCAAUUCUUAUGGAUUUUACUCACAUUAUAGUAUUUUUUACAUGAAGCAUAAGAUUAUUAUAAUACUGUAUUUUCUUCUAAAUUAACUGUUUCAAAACUCACUUUCCCCCUUUAAUUGAAGACAUUGUUUUGUCAUAUGCAGCAAUGAUGUUUACCAGAAAUUGUUUCCUAUGCAAAAUAAAUUUUCAGAUUUUGAA